UUUUGGUUGUGAGUACCUCUUCUCUGCAAGCUUUCCAUCAUGAUUGAGCCCUUCUUGGGAACCUGGAAACUGGUCUCCAUUGAAAACUUUGAUGAAUAUAUGAAAGAGCUGGGAGUGAGUGUUGCAGUCCAGAACCUCGCAGGAUCAGCAAAGCCAAGAAUCGUUAUUAGUGCUGACGGGGAUAAGGUUACCAUCAGAACUGAAAGUUCUUUCAAGAAUUCUGAGAUCUCCUUCAAGUUGGGGGAAGAAUUUGAUGAAACCACCAUAGAUAACCGGAAAGUGAAGAGCAUCAUAACACUAGGUGGUGGCUCAAUGAUUCAUGUUCAAAAAUGGCUUGGUAAAGAGACAACGAUCAAAAGAAAAAUUGUAGAUGGAAAAAUGGUAGUGGAAUAUAUCAUGAAUAAUGUUGUCAGCACUGGUGUCUAUGAAAAGGUGUGAAGAAAUUGUAUGCUUCAGUGAAAACUUGUUCACUAACAGGAAACUGGGACUUGAAGAAGAUGUGCUUCAGGGCCAGUGAUUUUAAAAAAAAUUUCUCAACAUAAGUUUGCUCAAUAAAACCAAACUAAGUGCA